UCGGUCGGGUGGCUCCAAGGUUCACUGGAGGGGGGUGGGCUGCCGCGCCCUUGGGCUUCGAGUUGGAGCCAGCCAACUCUCUCGGAGUGCAGGGACCCCUAGGGCCCAGCUAAAGUAAAGAAUGCAGCGACUUCCACGAGCCCGGAUACUGCGCGCGGGCGCGGGUCCCGCUCGCCCGUCUCCCCCUUUGAGCUUCCGGAUGGUCUGCGCCGGCAGCGCGGGAGGCUUGAAGUGCGGGGCGUGGCGCGCGCAGCUGUUACUGCCGCUUGUCAGCGCCGGGCCAUGGACGCCCUGCAGGCCGAGGUCCGCGCCUUGGAGGCUGAGAUCGCGGCCCUGCGGCGGGCGUGCGAGGAGCCGCGGACGGCGGGGGAAGACAACGGGCGAGCUCCAAAAUCACUUCGAGAAAUGUAUCAAUCAGAUUCUGAGGGAUGGGCCUCUUCAAAAGAUCUGAGAAGUCAUCUUGGAAAUUUAGAAUCAGAACUUCUUUUUCUAAGCACACUUACUGGCAUCAGUAUAAGAAAUUACUCCAUGAAGACAGAGGUCCUAACAAACACUGAGAAGACAGAGAAGAGUAUAACGAAAGUUCUACAGAGACACAGAUUAUCAGGAAAUUGCCAAAUGAUUACAUUUCAACUUGAAUUUCAGAUUCUGGAAAUCCAGGAUAAGGACAGUUUAUCUUCUGUUAUUACUGACCUCAACAUAAUAAUGGAGCCCACCGAAUAUUCAGAAUUAAGAGAAUUUGUGUCUAGAGCAGAAGAAAGAAGAGAUCUGCUAAUGUUUUUCCGAAGCCUACACUUUUUUGUGGAGUGGUGUGAAUAUCGUAAGCGGACAUUUGAACACUUCAAGGUUCCCUUGCUGUCAGUACCCAAGAUGGAGCCAGGGUGUGUGGAGGAGAAUCUGAAACCUCAGGGAGGCCAAGGACCCAGGAUCAUGGGCAAAAGUGGCAGCUUGCUUGGUGAGGAGAUUUACCCCACUCCUCCUACCUGCCUUGGUCACCUCUGUCAGUCAGAACAAAACUGAUACAUUUUAGAAAGCAUCACCCUAGCAGGAAUGGUAAAGGUUUAAGGUGAUGCUAUGUACAGAGAUUAAAAUUCCAAGCUACAAAAGGAGGGAUUUUGAAAGGUCAAAGGGCCAAAAACAUGGCCAUAGACCCUGAACCUGGCAAUCUUGCUGGGAUCUUGGGAAAUAGACAAGAGACCCUGUAAGCUUUGGGUUCAGCCUUUCUUUCUGCAUCAAAUAAAGUACUCUACUGACCUCAGACGCUGAUAUAUUACAAGUCUGCUUCAAAAUCUGUGGGCUGGUAGGAGCCCCAAAGGGCAUCUGAGACGAGGCCCUCCUGGUGCCACAGUGCCUACCGCCUCAGUGUGUAGGCACUGGAGGUGAUCGGUGCCAGUCUAGCCAAAUACUGUGACUUCUGUCAGCACAAACAUACCAUGGCUGUAGCAAGCACAGGGUUGCCACCAUAGGUCUUUGCCUAAGUAUAGAUGUCACAGACCUGUGUUUUACAUUCUUCCGUAUGUGCAUCACCAGAGGUGAGCACUCUUUGUGGGGUUGCCGUCCCUGUGUGCCUGACAUUCCUUCCAGUUACACAGUUAGUGACCAGCGUGGCUCCGAGAAGCAGCGCCACCUGGAGAAGCUGGAAGUUAGUUUAUGGUCACUUCAUAGAGAACCUGUCAGCCAUCAUAGCAGUUUUGUGACAAAACUCAAAUCUGACUUCUGCUCCUAGCCAAAAUGGAGUAACAGGAGACCCCACCUGAUCUAACUUAAAAUUAGGACAAAAACAUGAAGCUGCAUUUUUCAAACCUUAGGUGUGAAGUAGCACAGGACAUUGAUUCCCUGAGCAGGGGUUUGGGCGUGGGUCCAAGGUGAGCCCUAAGACUGGUCUCACACACAGCCUGAGGCAGUUCUUUUCCAUGCUGCAACUCAGGGAGGGGAUCCUGCCAGAGCCCUGGUUCCCUGAGUUGAAAAUCCCUUGGGAUUCCAGGGAGGUGAGAGUUUGCAGAGCAUAGAGAAGGAGAGCUGCCCUGGAGAAGCCUUCCAGAAACCUCAGGUCUUCGGCUGAGUCCUGAUUAUUAGCAUGUCUGUGUGAGUGAACUUCUUGACACUGCAGAAAGAACUACUGGAAGAACUACUGUAAAGGACAAAAGGGAAAGUCCCUGAGCCUAUAAAAGGCUGGCCAGAGUCCGGGUGCCUGCCAAUCAGAUGGGGAAACCUGCACUUCGCAGGGCAUCAGGCAGAGUGUUCAAAAGGGCCCUGGCACAGCAAGGGAAACAGCCCUCCCUUCCCCAGACUAAUGGCUGCUCUGGUCCUUUUUAACAAAACUGAACAGCAAGCAUCUCUGAAGGAGCAAACCGUGUGCCAUCGUGUGACCAUGUUCCAGAGCACCCAGCAGGCGGUUGGGAGUCUGGUGAAAACAUAGCAGGCACACAGAAGUGCAGAAGGAGUCCAUAAAGAUUGUGUUCAUAUACUAACAGUGUACUUUGGGGUGUAGAAUCAAAAUGUAUGAGAAGAGAAGCAUAAGGGAGGAAGGAGAAAAUGUGUGCGCAUACUGUUGUAAGGUUCUUUGCUAUGAAGUGGAAUAGCGUCACUCGAAGACCAGAUGUAGUCAGUUGAAGAUGCAUGCCUGAAGCCCUCAGAUAACCACUAAGCAAAAAAAAGUUAACAGCAAAUAAGGCAAUAAAAGAGAUCAAAUGGAAUAAUAAAAAUAACCCAAAACAUAUGUAUAUAAAUCUCAUUAAGUGUAAAUUGGUUAAAUGCCACAGUGAAAAAGCAGAGAUUGCCAGGUUAGAUUUUUUAAAUUUAUUUACUUAUUUGACAGAGAGCACAA